AUGGUAAAACAAUCCCGCCAUUCGCGCGUGAUGGGAAAAGGGAAAGCGCCCGUGCGUGGGCCAGCCAGGGCGGCAGAGGCAGAGCGGGCAUCCGGAUCUAGAUCGCGCCGAGGCCGGGGACACGACCAGGAACGUGCCGCUCCCGAUCCGUCCGGCGAGAUCCCGCUCGUUUAUCGCGAUAUGCUGGCGGAAUCUGGUGCUGGUGUGGAAGGGCAAUCGGGGCGUUCUGGAUCCCUAAGCCGUGCAAGUGAUGAGAGGCCGGUUAAGAGGAGGAGGGUUGGGGAGAGACGAGCCGGCGGAAUUGAGGCGGGGAAAGGAGGAAGAGAUGAAAGAGGAGGAGGGGUGGGAGUUUAUGUUGGCAAACCGGUUCAGACUGUAUAUGACGUGGAUGUGUCGGAUGAUGAGGAGGAGAUGGCGUGGGAGGAUGUCGAGGUCUCCAUCGUCACGCCUGCAGCUGCAGCUGCAGCUGCAUCCGCGUCUACAUCUGCGUCUGCGUCCGGGCUGGGGUAUCACGGGGCUGCGGAACAACAGGAGGUAGGGGUGGAGGAGUCUGAAGAGCUGCUACAGAUUACGCUUGAGAAGCCGGAGAAAGGGAAACAGCGCGCUGCUGCUGUGAGAAGGAAACCCAUCACAGCGCAGGAGAAGAGGUGGCGACUGGAUAUUCAUAAGAUGCACGUCUUGUGUCUGCUAGGCCAUGUGCAACUGAGGAAUUUGUGGUGUAAUGAUGAUAAGGUUCAGAAUGUGCUGAAGCGACUUCUCUCCAAGCAUACGGUCAUGUGUCUAAAUCCCAAGGAGACCUUACCACAGUUUACGCGCUCGACAACCUUUGCAGAUGGUCUGAAUCAGGCUACGGAAGCGUUCCGGCGCCAUUUCAAAGUAACCGUGCCCGGCAUGAAACGGCCAUAUUGGCUCGAGAAUCCAAACGAGUUGAAAGACCCAACUGGCCUAUUAGAUACUGCGGAGAUAUUAUCAUCCAAAGAAGACUUCCUCAAACAAGCCGUUGCCCUACGAGGAUCGAGGGACCUCGGUGCCCAGCUCUUCUGUGCGCUUCUGCGAGCUGUGGGCGUGGAUGUGCGACUGGUGUGCUCACUGCAGGUACUCCCAUUUGCGGGAGUUGCGAAAGGUAUCAUGCCCCUGAAACCGGAGCGGGAGUAUAUUGUCGUCUCUGAGGAUGACGGUUCACUAGCCACUCAUGGUUCUACAAAGACGCACGAAACGGCCCCGUCGUCACGGAUCCGGCGUAUUGGGCAACCCCGAUUUUCUUCAAGUCCUACGUUCAGCCCUAAACCUAGGCUGCCGACUGCUUUGCCACGAGCAUUUUCAGAGUCUCCCUUCCCCGUAUUCUGGGUGGAGGCGUUCAACGAAGCGAUGCAAAAAUGGGUCCCUGUCGACCCCAUCGUGACCAACACCGUGGGGAAACCUUCUAAAUUUGAGCCCCCAGCCAGCGACCGCUACAACAAUAUGAGCUAUGUUAUCGCUUUCGAAGACGACGCGUCCGCCCGCGACGUCACAAAACGCUACACGAAAUCGUUCAACUCCAAGACGAGAAAGCAGCGCGUGGAGUCUACUAAGAACGGCGAGGAAUGGUGGGCGCGUACGAUGAACUUCUUUGAGAAACCGUUCCUGGAUGACCGGGACCAGGUGGAAAUCGGCGAAUUGACGGCAAAAGUUGCGGCGGAAAUGAUGCCGAGGAACGUUCAGGAUUUCAAGGACCACCCUGUUUAUGCGUUGGAGAGACAUUUGCGGAGGAAUGAAGUUAUAUUUCCUAGGAGGGAAAUUGGGAAAGUUGGGCUCAGUAAGGUAUCUACGAACAAGAAAAACCCCCCGCUGGAAUCCGUCUAUCGGCGCGGGGAUGUGCAUGUCGUGAAGAGCGCGGAUGGGUGGUACCGGCUGGGUCGGGAGGUGAAGGUAGGCGAACAGCCUCUGAAAAGGGUUCCCGUGUCCAGAUCCAAAGGAGAUCUUGAGCACCGCGAAGAGCUCUCAGACUACGAAGAGGAGGGUCAGGAGACUCCCAUGUAUGCCAUUCACCAAACGGACCUGUACCAACCACCACCCGUCGUCGAGAAUCGUGUGACGAAGAAUGCCUACGGUAAUAUUGACGUGUAUACGCCUAGCAUGGUACCGGAAGGUGGCUUUCACCUUCGACACACGGAAGCCGCAAACGCAGCGAGGAUUCUCGGCAUUGACUAUGCGGACGCGGUGACUGGGUUCCAGUUUAGGGGCAGGCAUGGUACUGCUGUUGUGCAAGGGAUUGUUGCAUCUGUUGAGUAUCGCGAUGCUCUCUGCGCUGUUCUUGACGCGUUGGAGGACGAGCGGGUGCAGGCUGAGCAUGAGAAGCGGACUGCGGAGGCGCUUGGGAUGUGGAAGCUGCUGUUACUGAAGCUGAGGGUUGCGGAGCGGGUGAGGAGUUAUGCUUUUGAGGGGGAGGGGGACGAGGAGGAAGAGGAAGAGGAAGAGAAAGAGAGGGUUUCGGAUGGAGAUGAAAGUGAUGAUAUUGAAGGAGGUGGAGGUUUUAUUCGCGAAAGCGGUCAGGUGGAGGCCUUGCCCUCACAGAAGGGUUUGCCCCAGUUUGAAGGGGCCUUCGAAGCUGGUGGCUUCAUUCCGGAAGGAAUAGACGGAGAAGAGGACUCGACAACCACGGGCGGGGGAUUUAUGCCACCCAUCCUAGCCCCUGAUGAAGCGGGCUCUUCCACAUCUGCCACAGCUAUAGGAGGUAACUCUCUCCGACCGCAAGAGAAGUCACGAUAUACCUUAAUAGUGACCCCGAAUGCUGCAUCUGAAGCACACCUUCCCCAACCUCAUACCUCCCCAACUACAACUCCAUCACAUGCGCAAACAGCGCGGCAACAAACACAGGCCCAACAAACUCAUACCCCUCAGCGCCAGCAACCGCAAUCGCAAUCGCAACUGCAACAGCAACGACCCCCCACAACAACCGCACCAGAGGGCUCUCCCACAGCCCCUAUCGCUGUCCCUUCCUCGGGCAGCGACGAGGAGUGUAGCGUAGAGGAGAUCUGCGGUGUGCCUGACCUUGUGCACGAAGGGGAAUCCGACAGUGAGAUUGACCAGAGUUCGAUGCUCUCGCAUGAUCCGGAGGACGAGGAUGCGGAGCCUGAGUGGUUGUUCUCUGAUUAA